AUGCAAUCAACUACAAUGCGACUGGAUCGAUGGUUCGACUACGAAAGUGGACAUGCAUGGUGCGAAAGCGCCUACAAAUACCAAACUGUAUCGAUCGUUGCUGAAUUCGCUAAUACUGUAACAAAUUUACCAUUGAUAACGUUACCACUUGUAAACGUUCUCUUGAUAAGAUCAUAUAUCAAGACUGUUAAUUGGGUUGUUAUUAUGCCCCAUAUCCUCCUCAUUGUAAAUGGUAUUGCGUCUACUUAUUAUCAUGCCACCCUCAAUCUUUUUGGUCAGCUAAUUGAUGAAAUUAGCAUAUUGUGGUUAUUAAUGAUGUGCUUGGCUGCUUAUUUUCCAGUUUUCAGCUUCUACCCACAACAAUAUCACAAAUAUAUAGGUAAAGUGCGCUAUGCGAUAACGGCAAUGACCGUAGUGGUCAGUACAUUUUGUUUCGUGAAACCGUCACUGAAUGCACUGGUACUAAUGUUGUGGUCCAUACCGAGUAUCGCUAUCAUCCAUCAUGAAGCAGCUAAUGCUGGCAUUCCUGAAAUCAGCAGCUCUCCACGGAAAAUAUCAAUACUGUGGACCGCUGCUUCUAUCUGUUGGAUAUCUGACCGAGUAUUCUGUGAUUUCUGGCUUCUUUUAGGAGCUCCGUAUUUCCAUGCACUGUUUCACUUGCUGAGCAGUUUGGCGGCUUAUAACGUUUUUAUCAUGUUUUCAUUGAUUGAUAUCUGUAGACACAGCGACAAACAUCAGUAUAAAUAUCGCAUAAAGCAUUUUCCGGAAAGGGGACUUAUCAAGCUACCAUACAUUGUCCUUAAUCUAGAUUGCAAAUAUCUGUGA